AUGACAAACCCACGCCUCCCGAUUCAAACGCAACAUUGCCGCUUCUGCUCUCACCUCCUCCUCUCCACAACCCGCUCCAUAUCAACCCUCCCCCGCCGAGCCGGCGACGGCCUCGACAAAGCAAUUAUACUCCCCCUUCCCACCUCCGCAGACGGAGACGCAGAUGCAAACACAGACUCAAAAACAAAGCACAUAACCCUCCUCCUCUCAACAACAAUACCCGACCGACGCGCGACGCUAAUUCGGCGCGAAGACGGGAUUGAGAAGAGGAUUCUUCUGCGCUGUGGGCGGUGUCGGGUGGUUGUGGGGUAUUAUCUGGAUAAGGUCCAUUGGGAGGAGGAGGCACAGGCACAGGCACAGGCACAGGCACAGGCACAGGCACAGGCACAGGUGGAAGGAGAGGAGGAGAAACCGCCGGCGGUUUAUAUUCUUCCUGGGGCUUUGGUUGGGACGGAAGAUAUGGGGAGUAUUGGAGUUGGGGAGGGGGAGUGGAGGGCGUGGAAUGGGGAGUGA